UCUGAACAGGAUUUCAGCAAAAAUAGACUUUUAAAAAAGUAAAUGUACAAAGAAAGUAUGUGCCUCUAACGAAUACUUAAUUUCCAUGCUUUACUCAGACAUUCAAAUGAGCAUGCAAUUGAGAAGUCAGGUUUAAUGCUGCACCCAUUCACAUGCAAAUACUAAACUACUAAAACAACAACCAUCCCUGCCGUCCAAUAGCCUACAAGCCGGAGCUCUGCCAGUUCAGGCCACCCCUUGCUUUUCUUGUUAAUGAUUAAAUAAUUGUGAAACAUGUGAUUUUCUGUCCCCGUCUUCACUAAACAAGGAAAUGACGAGGUGGAGAUGUGGAGCUCCGACCUAAAUGGGCUAACGGUUGAAUGUGAAUGAACUAAGACAUUUUCCCCUCCAUGGCACCAGUAGCCUAGCCUUGGGGCUGUUUUCAUUCACUGUAGGUUUUAGACACAUGGAGGAGGACUUGGCUUGGGACAUAAAUUCAGGUCAGGCGUUGCUAGCUCAAGUGAAAUAUAAAACAGGAGGCAGGCAGCAGGUGAAGCGUGAACCACAGGCGGGCUGUGAUAACGCCUAGCCAUCGGGAAGCCCUACUGCUCCCACUUGGCCGCUAUUAAGUCAGUGCUCAAAUUUCCAGCAGACGCAAAGAGGAGCAGCACUUCUCACUUUCACUUCAUGGCUCAGCGCUCGGCUCAUCCUCUCGUCCCCGUCGCACUGCUGGUGUUUGGACUUGUUGCAAUCCUGCUCCUGACUAUCCCCACUGAGGAUGUCCAGGAGGCGCCGGGGUUCAUGUAUGGGAUUGUCUUGGAUGCUGGAUCUUCACACACAGCUUUGUAUAUUUACAAGUGGCCAGCGGACAAGCAAAAUGGCACUGGUGUGGUCACCCAGCACAGUGAAUGUGAUGUUAAGGGCAGAGGAAUCUCUAGCUAUGCAGGGCAACAAGGAGCAGCAGGGCGGAGCUUAGAGGCAUGUCUGGACCAGGCAGUGAAGGACAUCCCAACAGAAAGGCACAAGCUCACGCCUGUGUACCUGGGAGCCACAGCUGGCAUGAGGCUUCUGCAAAUGUCCAGCCCAGAGCAGACGGAUCAGAUUCUGCAGGAAGUGGGACACAAAAUCCAGUCCUACCCUUUCAGCUACAAGGGGGCGGCCAUACUAAGCGGUCAAGAUGAGGGGGCAUACGGCUGGGUCACAGUCAACUACCUCUUGGAGAACUUCAUAAAGUAUGGUUUCGUGGGGCACUGGUUCAGCCCUGGCAGGCCCACAGUGGGAGCUCUUGAUUGCGGCGGGGCGUCUACCCAGAUAACAUUUGCAACUCAGGAGAAAGUAGAGGACAAAAAUGACAUGAUAAAGCUGCGUCUUUAUGGCCAGGAGUACUCUCUGUACACACACAGCUUCCUGUGCUAUGGACAGGACCAGGUCCUCAAGAGACUGCUGGCUCAUAUAGUGAAGUCUCAGGGUUACUCUGAGUCAGUCACUCACCCCUGCUAUCCUGCAGGCUACAACACAACUUUAAAGUUGAACAGUAUAUUCAACUCUCCGUGUACAUCAAAGUACAAACCCAGCUCCUACAACUCCCAGGCCUUUCUGACAGUACAAGGAGGCGGACAUUAUGAACACUGUGUGGGCAACGUGUCUGAGAUUUUCUCCUUCGACAGCUGCCCCUUCUCCAAAUGCUCCUUUGACAAAGUCUUCCAGCCAAAUGUCACCGGUAGCUUCAUGGCGUUCUCUGCAUUCUUCUACAUUCACUCCUUCCUGCAGCGGAUCACCGGCAUCAGUGUGCAUACUCCUUCACAACUGCAGGAGGCAGCUGCAACUGUGUGCAGGAUGACAUUCGAACAAAUGCUGUUUCUUGCUCCAGAGGAAAAGUCUCGUCUGCAGGACUACUGUGCUUCCUCGGUGUUCAUUAAGAUUCUCAUGUUGAAAGGAUACGGCUUCGAUGAGCAGUCGUUCGCACGUAUUUCCUUCCAGAAGAAGGCAGGGGACACUUCGGUGGGUUGGGCUCUUGGCUAUAUGCUGAGUUUGAGCAAUUUGCUGCCAGCAGAGAGUGUGGGGAUGAGGAAGGCCCUGACCCCGGGAGCAUGGGGAACGCUCAUCUUUCUCUUUGUCCUCUUGGUGGUGGCAGUCCUUGUCUUCAUCUUACUCCGAGCUCGUGAUAGGAAGUCGAAAGGAGGCGGUGAAAGCACCAUCUAGAUACCGCAACAACAUACAGGCCUGUCAGAAAACAGAAAGACACUCAUAAUGUUGUUUUUUUGUGUGUUGGCUCUGUAAUUCUGCACACUUGACCUGAAGUUACCGUAUGAGGUUAGAGAAUGGAAUUUGUGCUUUAUUUAAGGGUGUUCGCAUUAGCGAUAGACCAAUUAUUCGGUCAGCCGAUUAAUCAGCAAAACUGGCAUUUUGAGAUAAUUGGCAUCGGCCGAUACCUGCACUCAUAAGCCCGAUGUAUCAUCCUGAAAGACCUCAAAUCUAAUCUAAAACCACUGGCUAACGUUAAUUGUUGUAUUGACGAGAAUAAGGCAGUUGAAUGACUUCACUUCUUACAAACUGUACCCCACUCUCCCAGUCACAUUCUGAAAUCUACAGCAUAAUCCAUGUAUUUUUAUAUUUCGUGAAUUAAUACAAACUCCAUCUGAAACAACACAUUACUGGCUAAGAUAACCUGUGGAAUAGAUUGUACUCUGCAUGGAUUAAUGGAAUUAUACAUGACUUUUCUUUGUUUUGAUAUCUGCAUUAUAUAUCAGCCAUCGUCCGUCCUACUCUCUAAAUAUCGGCUUUGGGCUGUUGAAAAACCCAUCAGUCGACCACUAGUUCAAUUUUUAAUGGAUGUGUAAACAUUGUAGAAAUAGUUUCUCUUUUUAUACAGAGCCCCAUAAUGUUGGGUUAACAGCAGGACAAUGAUUCUUAACAUGGAGACUGAUUCACUGCGAAGGGUUUGACUACUAUUGCAUAAUUAGAAUUUAUUGGACUUUAUUAGGAGUGAUAUUAACUUGUCCAGUUACUAAAACUAUAGGAAUGUGUAUAAAAACAACUGCAAGUUCAUCUGAUGUGGAUGCAAACACCCUCAAAUUGAGCAGAAAGUCAGGACUUCAUAAUCUUUUUCUAAAUAACAUUUUCUAAUGUGCUGGAAUACAGAGCCAACAAAAUGAAAAUUGUGUCACUGACCAAACUGACCUGUAGGUUUAAGAACAUAGUACUCCCCCAGUGGCAUUGGCACUAUGGGGGGAAGUCUGAAUGUAAUUUUUAUUCAUGAAAAGUCAAACCAAUUUUAGGUUGUAUGGAAUAUAAGAAUUUCCAGCUUUUUGUUUUUGUAAAGGUGAGUGUAGUCGAUAGCACUAUCACAGUAACUUGAGGCACAGUAUGGAAAUAACUAGUUUAAUAUGUGAGGAAUCACUAUUUUUAAAGUUUUUGUAUUUCAGGGGCAGUUUUUAUUCACAUUUUUUGUCUGCUUAAAUUUAAAUAAUCAUAGAGACAACAUACAAACAUGGUGAACAGCGGGUGUUUGCUUAUUAUACACAUUUCUUGACAGAAAACCUCUCUAGGAAACGCUGUUUGGGUCAGUUUCUUUAAAAAAAUCAUUCAAAGUCAUUUAUAAAAACCUUGUAUCACAUGGAGGUUAUGAACUAAUUUCAGCAGACUUGAAUCAUUGCUCAUGCUCUCUGUGUGUCAGUGUACACAAAAACCAAUCACGGGGUCUUUCAACUGAGAUUUAACAGUCAAACUUGUGCUUUUACAGAACAAGUAACACUUAUUUAUGUAAUGAAAUCUAAUACAUUGUCCCUGCAGCAAAUAAUCUGUUUAAAGUAGUGAUCAGUUUUAGUUGACAUUGUGUCAUCUGUUUAUUCAGCUCAAUGGUCAUUUUUUAAUGUAUUGCAUUGUAUCAUAUUGUAAGACCAUGAACAUUUUUAUUAUUAUUACAAGUAUUCAAGGCCUUCUGUAUUUAAUUGGAUUACAUAUUACAUGUAUUGCUUUCAUUAUGCAUUUACAGGCCUGAGGUGAAACAUGAAAGCAACCUAACACUCCAAAAGUGAUUUGCAUGAAAACCUUGUCAACAAAUGUGAAUAAUUUUCCAUUCAAAGGCUCAUCAGUGGUCUUAACCAUUAUCAUUUUCUGCAUUUCAAGAAGUUUAUGCUGCAACAUGAAGACAUUCCGAUAUGUACCAGGCAUGCUGGCAUAAAAAGGCAAAGGCAACUCUUGAUAUGUAGCUCUGUGCUAACAUCUGAGCCAGCUUUGAGAUCCAUUAUAACUCCUUCAUGUUGAAAUCAUAUGUAUAUUGUUGCAUCUUACUGUAUUGUUGUGGUAUAACAUGUCAUUGUUCAAUCCUAGUGAAAGUUGAUGUUGGUUUCAUCUCAUUUAAUAUGUUAGAUGUGUAUGACAAUAGAUAAAGCAAAUUUUAUAGUAUAUCAACAUUUUUACUAGAAUGUCACCAUGAAUUUUGAAUUAUAAGGACGUUACAUUCCUCUCUAUGUGGUCACAUUGGUUUUACCCCAGAUAACAAUAAUAAAUAUUUUGUCUUUGUAAAGAGGAGUCUAUUGGAUCCUUCAAUUCAGUAAAUCUGCUCUGGACUACAACUACCAGAAUGCUUUGAUUUACUGACGUAUAGGGGUCCUUCUGAU